ACAAAAUAUGUACACCAAAAGGAAAAAUUAACAAGUCAGUUAACUUUGUUUUUAAUGUCUGUAUACUCUACGUUGAAUUUGGACAAUGCAUCUCCAGGAGUGAUGAGAGAGUUUUUAGUUUGGAAGGAUUCCACUGGGAAAACAAAAGUCCAUUUGGAUAGUUGUGUGUUUAGGACGCAGUCUGAUAAGGCAUCGUGUAAAUGUCCAAUAAGGCGUGCUGCGUCAUCAUUAGAUACAUUGAUCGGUCAGCUGAGGGCGAUUUUUAGAGAUCAUGGCAGAGGAUCAGACUGGAACGAGGUAUUAGGUUUCGGUAACCCGAUGGCUGCUCCAUCAAUAAAACGGCAUCUCCAGGCUGUUACUUUGGAACAAUCUAAG